AUGAAAAGGCUUAGAUCUGGUAAGAAAUGGAUUGCCGUUGUGAAACGGUGUGCUGACAAAACCGUGACGCUAGAUGUAGUUGCGGCAUGGGCUUAUGUCUUUGGUGCUCCAGUGGUGUUUCCAAUAGCAGCAAUCUUCCAAACGUCGUCUGUCUACUUUUGUGUGGCAGCUGCCGUCGACUGCUUUAUCAGAGUAGUACUGCCUGAGUCCGUUCUGCAGUUGUACUGCACGCCAAGGAGAGCAAAAAUGACGUGCACUUGUAUUAUGGUGAUUUGUAUUCUUUACAACAUUCCUCACUUCUUCGAACUGGAAAAGGUGCCAUGCAUCGCAGCUGAUGGAGAUUUGGGACAGCAAAUCUGUCCGACGGAUAUUCGACUCGAUCCAGCUUAUUAUGCAAUCUAUUACACCUAUAUGUACACCACAUUUUUGGCUAUUGGGCCACUCACAUUGUUGAUUCUCCUCAAUAUCUGUGUGGUGUUCACCGUGCUCACGAAGAGAACUGCUGACAGUGACGAUUCUGAUACCAUAAGCCUGAUCCUCGUUGUAUUCUUCUUCAUAUUCUGUAAUUUCACCGCUCUACUGGUUAAUUUCAUGGAAAUCAUACUGAAUAACCCAGUUGGUGAUUUGAUUAAUUUACAAUAA